CUCAGUGGAAAAGUUACCGAAAAUAUGGAAAAGUCAGAGGAUAAUACAGCCAGGACAUUUGAGGACAUGAUGAGAGUGCCAGUACAGUUCUACAGGAGCAUUGGCGAGGACAUCUACGCGCAUCGAUCGAAGAAUCCUUUAAGAUCCCUUCUGCUGAAGAUCUAUCUUUAUGCAGGGUUUAUAAACUUCAACUUGCUGGUGAUCGGAGAGCUCGUGUUCUUCUACAACUCCAUCCAGGACUUUGAAACCAUUCGGUUGGCCAUUGCCGUGGCUCCUUGCAUCGGCUUCUCCCUGGUGGCCGACUUUAAGCAGUUCGCCAUGGUCUAUCACAAGCAGACCCUGAUCCAGCUCCUGGACGAACUGGAGGACAUGCAUCCCAAGACCCUCAAAAAGCAAAAGGAGUACAAGAUGUCUAGGUUUGAGCAGACCAUGAAGAGGGUCAUUAACAUAUUCACGUUCCUCUGCUUGGCUUAUACCACUACUUUUUCAUUUUAUCCUGCGAUCAAGGCCACAGUAAAGUUUCAAUUCCUUGGCUACGAGACCUUCGAUCGAAAUUUCGGAUUUCUAAUCUGGUUUCCCUUCGACGCCACCAGUAGCAACGUGGUCUACUGGAUCAUGUAUUGGGACAUCGCCCAUGGAGCCUACUUGGCGGGAAUAGCUUUCCUGUGUGCUGAUCUCCUUCUGGUGGUGGUCAUCACCCAGAUUUGCAUGCACUUUGAAUACAUAUCCAUGCGUCUGGAGGAGCACCCUUGCCACCCAGGAGCUAUUAAGGAGAACAAGGAGUUUCUCAUUUCCAUGAUAAGAUAUCAUGACAAGUGUUUGAGGCUCUGUGAACACGUCAAUGACUUGUAUAGCUUCUCCCUGCUCCUGAACUUCCUGAUGGCCUCCAUGCAAAUCUGCUUCAUAGCAUUUCAGGUCACCGAGUCCACCGUGGAAGUAAUCAUUAUUUAUUGCAUAUUCCUAAUGACUUCAAUGGUUCAAGUCUUUCUGGUGUGCUACUAUGGAGAUAGUUUAAUAGCAGCGAGCCUUAAAGUAGGAGAUGCAGCUUAUAAUCAAAAAUGGUUCCAGUGCGACAAAAACUACUGCGGAAUGCUGAAGCUCUUGAUUAAACGCAGCCAAAAACCAGCUUCUAUAAGGCCACCUACAUUUCCGCCCAUUUCCCUAGUUACCUACAUGAAGGUCAUUAGCAUGUCGUAUCAAUUCUUUGCCCUUUUGAGAACCACCUACAAGGAUAAUUAA